AUGGCUUCUCUUCGAUCUAUCUCGCUCACCAAUCGCUCUCCAAGGCAACCAAUCAAGAACCUUCCGGAGUCGAUUGAGGUCGACCCUGAUACCACUGUUGAAGGACUCAAGGUCUUGAUUGCCAAGGAAACCAAGCUCGGAGACUUCAAUCGCAUCGGAAUCUAUGAUCCUACCACGAAAAAGACUCUAAAGAACCGCAAGGCUCGCCUCGUCGAUGAGCCCGCUGUAGUUUCCACUGGUGAGGUUCUCGUAAAGGAUAUGGGAUAUCAAAUCGCUUGGAGAACAGUCUUCGUCGUCGAGUAUUUCGGACCCAUCAUCUUCCACGCCCUCGCCGUCGCUGCCCGCCCCUACAUCUACCGCAAUGGAGACGGCGAGAUGUCUCGAACCCAAUGGAUCACCUUUGCUAUGAUCAUGCUACACUUCUUCAAGCGCGAGUAUGAGACACUCUUUGUCCACAAGUUCUCUGCCAACACAAUGCCCUGGAAGAACAUCUUCAAGAACAGCUUCUUCUACUGGGCAGUCUCUGGUGUUCUCUGUGCAUACUCCAUUUACCACCCCAACUCGCUUGCAGCCAAGGCCAAAAUUCCUGCCAUUGAUGCCGUUGGUAUUGCUCUCUAUUGCUUUGGCGAGCUCAUGAAUGCCCUUGUUCACCGAUAUCUUUCGAGUCUGCGUUCUACUGGAGGCACUGAGCGCAAGAUUCCCGUUGGCUAUGGUUUCGGUAUUGUCACUUGCCCAAACUAUUUGUAUGAGGUGCUUGCCUGGAUCGGAGUUAUCCUUGUCAGCCGUGACUGGACCGUCGCUUUCUUUAUCUCUAUUGGUGCUGCACAGAUGAUUAGCUGGGCCAAGGGUAAGGAGCGUGCCUAUCGCAAAGAGUUCGGCGACAGGUACAAGAAGAAGAGAUACGCCAUCUUCCCUGGUCUUAUCUGA